AUGCAACAACAAACAGUGGAAGACCUGGCAGAAAAAGAGGCUGAAAUCAAAGAAGCAUUCGAAAUAUUCGAUAAGAAUAAAUCCAAAAGUAUUUCUGUUUAGGAAUUGACUUCGGUUUUCCGUUCUCUGGGUUACAAUUUCUCGCAAGAUGAAAUCUAGUCAAUGGUCAAGGAGUUGAGACAAAACUAGAAGGCUGAGGGGGCAGAAGAUAAGGAAUUAGAUUUUGAUGAUUUUAAGAACCUAUUAUUGAUGCAGGAGGAGAAGGCUAAAAGUGGUGAGGAUGAUUUGAGAGACGCCUUUGAAGUAUUUGACAGAGAUGCAAAUGGCUAUAUCGGUUUGGAGGAAUUGAUGAUGGUAGCAAAGAGUUUAGGUGAGAACAUCUCGGAAGACGAUUUAAAAGGUAUGUUAUAAUAUGCAGCCAAUACAUCGAAUCAAAAGGACGACGACAAGGACAAAGCACCACAGAUUAAUUUGCAAUAAUUCGUUGAAGCAUAUUUAAAAUGA